CGCGUCAAUUCUGUCUGUUUCUCUCUCCAAAAAUUUCUAUCUUUUAAUGCACGUUUAUACGAGUACAUACAUGCAUACAACCCAUUUGGGCAAAUAAGGCAUCGAUUGGUAUAAUCAAAUUGCAUAAACUUUUGUGAAAUUUUGUUUGAAACCCAUCUGUUCUUUGGAUCUUCAGUUUGAGAAGAAGUAGUAUUGGAUAUGGAAUCGGAAUCUCAGAGAAAGAGCUUCUGUAGUGUGGGAGAUAUGUAUGGACUGGUGAUUGCUCCAAAGGAACUUCAUUUUGAGCUCGUUAAGGACAAUAGUUUCCGGCUUCGGUUCCGCGUGCUUGAUGAUCUCGGAGAAGCCAUGAAAGAUUUUUUGAGGACCAAAGAAGUUGGGGAGUUUUGUAGUGGUGCUUUGUCGGGGGCUAUGACCAAAGCCAUUCUUGCUCCUCUUGAAACCAUCAGGACACGAAUGGUGGUUGGUGUUGGGUCCAAAAACAUUUGUGGUAGUUUCUUUGAGGUCGUUGAACAGCAGGGUUGGCAAGGGUUGUGGGCUGGCAAUACAAUCAACAUGCUCCGUAUUAUUCCUACCCAGGCAAUUGAGUUUGGAACAUUUGAGUGUGUCAAGCGAACAAUGACUUCAGCACAAGAGAAAUGGAAUCAAACCAAAUGCCCCGAGGUGCAGAUUGGUCAUGUCAGUCUGAAGUUUUCUCUCUCCUGGCUCUCUCCAGUUGCUGUGGCUGGUGCGGCUGCUGGAAUUGUUAGCACACUUGCUUGUCAUCCUCUUGAAGUCUUAAAGGAUCGGUUGACUGUGAGUCCCGAGGCUUACCCUACACUAACCAUUGCAAUUAGUAAGAUUUACAAGGAGGGUGGAAUCGGUGGUCUCUAUGCUGGACUUACACCUACAUUGAUCGGCAUGCUACCAUACAGCACAUGCUACUAUUUCAUGUACGAGACAUUAAAGAAAUCUUACUGCCAGGGGAAGAAGAAGGAAUUUUUGAACCGUGCAGAGAUGCUCCUGGUUGGAGCUCUUUCAGGUUUGACGGCAAGCACAAUUAGUUAUCCAUUGGAGGUGGCCAGAAAACGGCUGAUGGUAGGAGCUCUGCAAGGCAAAUGCCCACCUCACAUGGCAGCCGCACUUUCGGAAGUCAUUAGGGAGCAAGGUUUAAUGGGACUUUACAGAGGGUGGGGUGCCAGUUGUUUAAAAGUGAUGCCAUCUUCUGGCAUCACCUGGAUGUUUUAUGAAGCUUGGAAAGACAUUCUGCUGGUGGAUAGACAUCAUUUAUAGUUGUCUUGCAGAAUCCGAUGCGACUCCCUUGCUGUUGGUGGGAGGUAAAUAUCAGCACUCGGCUUGUGCUCAGUCCGGGAGAGAGAUAGCUGUUGUUGGCUUUCUGUUCUAAUUUGUAUUUAGCAUCAGUGUUGGCGAAGACAGACUCAUGUAGACAACCUCAAAUGAUUGGGAUAUAAAGUUUGGUUUGGUUUAGUAUCAGUGUUAGUGCCCAUUUUUAAUUGUGCCAACAGAAUUUUCUGAUCAAGGAAAAAAGUUGUUUCCCUACAUGUAUGACUGAAUGCUGGUGGGUCUAGUAAGUUUCUAUUCGGUUAU